GUCAAAAUAUCAUGACCGGUUGGUAAAGAUUUUGUGAAUUUUGAUUUUCAAAUAUUAUUUAACAUUUAAGUUUCAAAUGUUUCUUACCUAAAAGAAGUUAUAAUGGCCAACGUCCUCAACAGGGCGCUUUCGAAAGCACUUUUAAGUAGAAAAAUAUGGUGUCAGAAGAAAUAUACACUUCUUUAUUGUCCGUGCACAUGCCAAACAUUCGCGUUGAAUAAACCUAGAGAAAAACAACGUGUUCAAAUACCGCUCAUUAACGUGCCGAAAAUUCAUGGGAACGUAUCGUAUUACUGCAAUGAAUCGAAAAAGAGUGAAACCGAAAAGUUGACACUUUUCCAAAGGAUCAAACAAAUGUAUAGGGAUUACUGGUACGUUUUAGUGCCUGUUCACAUAGUCACUUCAACAAUGUGGUUUGGAGGGUUUUAUUACAUGGCAAAAAGCGGCUUCGAUAUAGUUCACAUCUUAGAAUCAUGGAAUGUAAGUGAUAAAGUCAUAAACCCUUUACGAGACUCGAGCAUGGGAUACUUUGCGAUAGCUUACGCCUGCUACAAAAUCGCUACACCAGCUAGAUAUACUGUGACAUUGGGAGGCACCACUUUAUCUAUCAAUUACUUAAAAAAAUGGGGGUACAUUAAGCCCGUUCCCAGUACGGAGAGGAUGAAAGCAAUAUACCAAGAAAAGAAGAAGAGCUUAGCAGAAGGGCUGCAAGAGAAAAAGGAAACUUUUAUAGAAAGCAUACAAGAAACGAAAGAAGGCAUUAAAGAGAAGAAAGAUAACUUGAUGGAGAGCAUACAAGAAACUAAAGAAGGCAUUAAAGAAAAGAAAGAUAGUAUAAUUGAAAGUAUACACGAGAAGAAAGAAGGUUUAAAGGAUAGUUUAAAGAAACCCGAGAAGAAAGCGUCAAGAAAGGGAAAACAGUAACAGAGAAUUAUUUUUAAGUGCAAAUAUUUACAAUAAUGUAUAUUGUUGUUUUAGUUUUAAAUUUUUAAUUUAUUAGAAUUAAAACUAAUAAAGUUGUUACAUUUUUA